AUGGAAAGCCUAUUUGUGAAUGCUAUUCUUGUUAUGGAGGCAGUGAUUGCUCUUUGUUAUUACCCAAUUGUCCUGCUGAUGUUGAAGGCAAACAGUGCAGUAGUAGUAGCAGGUUGGCAUAGAAUGAGUUAUUUCUUUCCUAAUCAAUCUUACAUAUCCAAGGAGCUUGAGAAAAACAUAAGAAAGAUACAUGCAAUUGCCAAAAAUGCUGUCACAGAUGGAAGAUACAUUGUUUUUGGAGUUGGCUCUACCCAGCUCUUAAAUGCUGCAGUUCAUGCUCUUUCAAUGGAGAACUCUCCCUACUCUGCUAAAGUGGUUGCAAAUAAAAUCCCUUAUUAUUCGCCUUACAAGUUUCAAACGGAGUUCUUUCAAACACUUCAUUAUGAAUUUGAAGGAGAUUCAUCCAUUUUAAGAAACAAAUCAGAUUUUGCUGGAAAUGUGAUUGAGUUUGUGACUUCACCAAAUAAUCCAUAUGGGAAUUUGAGAAAUUCAGUUUUAAAAGGCCCAAAUGUGAAGACAAUUUAUGAUCGUGCUUAUUAUUGGCCUCAUUACACUGCAAUUCCAGCUCCUGCUGAUGAAGAUCUCAUGAUUUUCUCCAUUUCUAAGCUCACUGGUCAUGCUGGAAGCUGA